UACCGUAUAUUCGAUACUCGAUUGUAAACCUCGACUCAAAAGUGCUUGCAUCAAAAUCGUAUCGUAGAAAAAAAAAAGAGAAAUUUCAGUUCGGGCUUCGAGCAUAAGCGGGUGUAAUUGAAUUAAGUAUAGAACCUAUACUUAUCUAAGAUAUGCGAUUGUGAUAGGAUGAGUUCAAGAACCCCACUCACACUCAGGAGUACUCCUUUUGGAGUACACAUCCUCUUCGCUGCAGUACUCUUCACGUUAAUUCAAUCAUCGAAACAGGACUGUGUUUGGUAUGGUGUAUGCAACACCAAUGCGAUGAACCACAGUCAAAAUUGUCCCUACAAUGGAACAGCCAAGGAAAUGCCCGAAGACGGUUUGAAGUUGCUAAAAGAACGAUGCGGCUAUUUGCUAGACAGCAAUAAAAACAAAUUUUGCUGCGACAAAAAUCAGGUUGAUAUUUUAAAUGAAAAGUUAAAGCUGGCCGGUCAUUUCCUGGACCGAUGUCCAUCCUGCAUGGAGAACUUGGUUCGUCACGUCUGUCAAUUCACUUGCUCUCCAAAGCAAUCGGAAUUUAUGCAUGUGGUGGACACGAAAAAGAAUAAAGAAGGUGUUGAAUAUGUUAGUUCUGUGGAUUUGCAUAUAUCGACGGAGUACAUCAACAAGACUUACAAAUCAUGCUCUCAGGUUUCUGUACCACAAACUGGUCAAUUAGCAUUCGAUUUGAUGUGUGGAGCUUAUUCAGCAUCUCGCUGUAAUCCAACCAAAUGGUUUAAUUUCAUGGGAGAUGCCUCUAGCCCUUAUGUUCCUUUUCAAAUAAAUUAUAUUCAGCAUGAGCCCAAAUCAAAGAGCGAUGAAUUUACGCCUCUAAAUGUAACAACCGUUCCUUGUAACCAAGCGGUUAACAGCAAAGUAUCUGCGUGCUCAUGCUCCGACUGUGAACUGUCCUGUCCUCAGGGACCUCCAAUACCCACGCCUCCAGAACCAUUUAAAAUUUUUGGACUCGACGCCUAUCUCGUCAUAAUGGCAGCUGUGUUCAUUGUCGGAGUGAUAGUAUUCCUAAUGGGAUCGUUUUUAUUCACACAAGGUUCGUCAAUGGAUGACAACUUUCAAAUCGACGGCAAUGAUGUUUCCGAGGAACUGGCUUAUAGGGAGAACGAUUCAUAUUUUGAAAAACUGGGCGCACAUACAGAAACCUUCCUGGAAACAAUUUUCACGAAAUGGGGCACGUUCUUUGCCAGCAAUCCAGGGACGAUUUUAAUUGCCGGAGCUACCUUGGUUGCGGUUCUGGGAUAUGGCAUAAGUUAUAUAGAAAUAACAACGGAUCCGGUGAAGCUUUGGGCGUCCCCAAACUCAAAAUCCAGAAUUGAAAGAGAGUACUUUGACACGAAAUUUUCACCAUUCUAUCGGCUUGAACAGAUAAUCAUCAAAGCUGUAAACUUGCCCCAAAUUGUGCAUAAUACUUCGAAUGGCCCUUUAACUUUUGGCCCUGUGUUCGAUAGAGACUUUUUAAGUCAAAUUUUAGAUCUUCAGGAGGGCAUAAAGGAGAUCAAUGCUAAUGGCACUCAGUUAAAGGACAUAUGCUUUGCACCCCUAUCAGAUGACGGCAGUGAAAUCGAUGUGACAAAAUGCGUGAUACAAUCGAUCUGGGGAUACUUUUCCGAUGAUCGUGAGAGAUUGGAUGACCACGAUGACGAUAAUGGAUUUAAUGUCACCUAUUUGGAUGGCCUCUACGGUUGCAUAAGUAAUCCGUAUUUAUGCCUAGCGCCCUAUGGUGGUCCCGUAGAUCCAGCAAUAGCCUUUGGUGGUUUCCUGCCGCCUGGAGCCCAACUGACGGGCAGCACGGAAUACCAGGAGGCCAAUGCUUUGAUCCUGACAUUCUUGGUGAAAAAUCAUCACAACAAAGCCGAUUUAGAGCACGCCUUAGCGUGGGAGGAAAAGUUCAUUGAGUUUAUGACUAACUAUACAAAGUACAACAAGUCAGAGUACAUGGACAUAGCUUUCACAUCGGAGAGGUCGAUAGAAGACGAGCUGAAUAGGGAGUCCCAGUCAGAUGUUUUGACCAUUUUGGUGUCCUACCUGAUAAUGUUCCUGUACAUUGCGAUAUCGCUGGGACAUGUUAAGGAGUUCAAAAGGGUGUUUAUCGAUAGUAAAAUAACCCUUGGCAUAGGUGGUGUCAUCAUUGUAUUAGCCUCAGUAGUCUCCUCCGUUGGCAUAUUCGGUUACAUCGGUUUGCCGGCCACCCUGAUCAUUGUGGAAGUGAUACCCUUUUUAGUAUUAGCCGUCGGCGUGGAUAAUAUAUUCAUCCUCGUCCAGACUCACCAGCGCGACCAGCGCAAACCCAAUGAAUCGCUGGAGCAGCAAAUUGGUCGAAUAUUAGGUCGUGUUGGUCCCAGUAUGCUCCUAACUUCGUUGAGUGAAAGCUUUUGCUUCUUUCUCGGUGGCCUUUCUGACAUGCCGGCCGUUAGGGCUUUUGCCUUAUAUGCGGGCGUAGCCCUAAUCAUUGACUUUAUAUUGCAAAUAACCUGUUUCGUAAGCCUAUUCACUUUAGAUACGAAACGCAAGGAGGAGAAUCGAAUGGACAUUUGUUGUUUCAUCAAGGGAAAGAAAUCAGAUAGUAUAAUCAACAAUGAGGGACUCUUGUACAAAUUUUUCAGUAGUGUCUACGUUCCCUUUUUAAUGAAGAAAGUAGUGCGAGCCAGUGUAAUGGUUAUCUUUUUUGCCUGGCUGUGCUUUAGUAUUGCCAUUGCCCCAAAAAUUGACAUUGGACUGGACCAAGAAUUGGCCAUGCCCCAGGAUAGUUUCGUUCUACAUUAUUUCCAAUCGUUGAACGAGAAUCUUAACAUUGGCCCUCCGGUUUACUUUGUCCUCAAAGGUGAUUUAGCUUAUACAAAUAGUUCAAAUCAGAAUUUGAUUUGUGCAGGUCAAUAUUGCAACGACGACAGCGUUCUAACGCAGAUUUACUUAGCUAGUAGGCACUCAAACCAGACCUAUAUCGCCCGUCCGGCAUCCAGUUGGAUAGAUGAUUACUUUGGCUGGUCAACAGCGGCAAAUUCUUGCUGCAAAUACAGAAAGAAUACUGGUGAAUUUUGUCCCCAUCAAGAUACUUCCUGCUUAAGGUGUAAUAUCACGCAGAAUUCCCUUUCACGGCCGGACGAAAAGGACUUUGAAAAGUAUAUCCCAUUUUUCCUCAAGGAUAAUCCCGACGAAUCGUGCGCCAAGGCCGGUCAUGCCGCCUACGGUGGAGCUGUUCGGUAUUCCUAUAGCCAUGAAAGACUGAACAUUGAGACAUCGUAUUUUAUGGCCUAUCAUACCAUACUAAAAUCCUCGGCUGACUAUUUCCUGGCGCUGGAAUCAGCCAGAAAGAUAUCGGCUAAUAUUACGCAAAUGUUGCAGGGCAGACUAAUGUCCAACGGAGUUCCUAUGGAAACGGCCUUGACGGUCGAAGUUUUUCCCUAUUCAGUAUUCUAUGUGUUUUACGAACAAUAUCUAACCAUGUGGUCAGAUACCUUGCAGAGCAUGGGUAUCUCAGUUCUUUCCAUUUUCGUUGUUACAUUUAUUUUGAUGGGCUUCGACGUUCAUUCCGCAUUGGUUGUUGUAAUCACAAUAACCAUGAUUGUUGUUAAUCUAGGAGGCCUAAUGUAUUAUUGGAACAUUUCGUUGAACGCUGUUUCGUUAGUUAAUCUUGUUAUGGCUGUCGGUAUAUCUGUAGAAUUUUGUUCGCACUUGGUGCACAGCUUUGCUACUUCGAAAUCAGUUAGUCAAAUUGACCGGGCAGCAGAUAGCCUAUCAAAAAUGGGUAGUUCCAUCUUCUCCGGAAUUACGCUAACCAAAUUUGCUGGCAUUCUGGUGCUAGCUUUUGCUAAAAGUCAGAUAUUCCAAGUGUUUUAUUUCCGCAUGUAUUUAGGGAUUGUAGUCAUUGGGGCGGCGCAUGGCCUGAUCUUUCUCCCGGUUCUGUUAAGUUAUAUUGGGGCUCCUGUAAGUAAUGCUAGAUUAAGAUAUCAUAGCCAGGUUGCUGCUGCCGAACACGAAACAGCGCUAGCGGGAAUUCUAUAAAUCAAUCCCAUAGUUGUAUUGUAAUAAUCUCAAAAAUAUUUUAAAUGUUAACUGGUUAAGGUAUAAUAAAUAUAAACAAACAAA